AACUCCAAUAAUUAUUUCAUUAAUUAUUUGCUUGCAUGCAUUGAAGAAUGUUUUAUGCUAAUAUACGUCUUGAUCGUUUAAGUGAAAGCCUGUGUGGUUAGUAAAGGGUGGUCGAAUCCUGUUAGGGGAGGAUCCACACAUACACACUUAUAUCACACUUCUGUCUAAACACUCUGCUUCUCGCUAUUUUCAUCACAAAGGCAGUGUGCUCGAAGAAAAUGGUUAAUGCUUUCCUUUUGUUCUGCUUGUGCUUGUUGCAGUUGGAUGGUGUGUUUGGUGUUCAUGCAUUGGAGUCACUGUCGGUUCUGGAGGGAGAUUCAGUCUCUCUAGACUCUGGUUUAACUAAAAUAAGGGAUGAUGGUCUGAUUCUGUGGAGGUUUGGAGCUGAAAACACCUUAAUAGCUGAAAUCAAUGUAAUGGUCGGCAGUGCUACUGUAUAUGAUGAUGUUCUUGAUGAGAGAUUUAGAGACAGACUGAAGCUGGAUCAUCAAACUGGAUCUCUGAUCAUCACUAACAUCUCAACUCUACACACUGGAGAAUAUCAACUACAGUCCAGCAGUGUGAUAAAGAACUUCAGUGUCUCUGUCUACGCUCCUCUGCCUGUUCCUGUCAUCAGCAGUAACUCUUCAAACUGUUCUUCAUCUUCAUCAAAUUGUUCAUUGUUGUGUUCGGCGGAGAACGUGGGUCACGUGACUCUCUCCUGGUACAAAGGAAACAGUUUAUUGUCCAGCAUCAGUGUGUCUGAUCUCAGCAUCAGUCUCUCUCUACCUCUGGAGGUGGAACAUCAGGAGAAAAACACCUACAGCUGUGUGAUCAACAACCCCAUCAGAAACCAGACCACACAUCUGAACAUCAGUCAGAUCUGUCACACGUGUUCAGUUAAAGAAUCAGCAUCUAAAACGCUGCUGAUCUCUUCUGCUGCUGCUGCUGCUGGUUCUCUGCUGAUUGUUGCUGCUGUUGGGAUCUUUUGUAUUUGCCAGAAAUGUGGAAAAACUGAUAAAGAAGUUGAGACUAAUGAAGAGAUCACUUACAUUGAGCCUAUGUUCUACAAAAGAAAACCACAGAAACUGGAUGUUAAAGAAGACGAUCAUGUGGAAUACGCACCUAUCGCUAAGAGAAGGUGAUCAAACAAGCACCAGACUUUUACAGGAAGCUCCUGCGACAACCUCAGAUUAUCAUCUUCAUCUGAGAUCUUUAAAACUGUGGACCGAGCUUUGGGAUUGUUGAAGUGCGGUGUUCGGUGAUGACUAAAGAUAUUCACUCUUAAAAAAGGCAAUUUUAGCAAAUUUUUGGACCACUGAAACAUUGUCAUGUUUGAGAACAUGAAACUAUUUGCAUCCUCGUUUCGGAAAUAGAGGCAGGUUGAUGACUUCUGCUUGAGCUUCUUGCUAGAUGUUUGUGGUUGACAUUUGACACACACUGCUAAAGCGUCAUUAGCGUGUGGUUUAAGGAGCUUUUUCCCCCUGUGAAACUUUCAGUCUGACUUUGUGUUGCGUGAUAAAAUAUAAGUCAGAUUUAUUUAUAGUGUUUUCGUUUCAUUGCACAUUGCUUCAAAACAGCUUGACAAAAUCACUGUUAAAUGUUGAUACUAAUUGAGUGUUAAUCGUAAAUAAAACAAACAUAAAAAAAUAUGUGGUUUAAUUGUUUAGUGAUAUUCAAAAGAAGCUUUGCAGUGCCCUCCAUUGAACUCGAUUGGAAAAGGUUCAUUACCUCCAUCUGAUGUUUUUGAGGCCAUCUGGUGGCCAAAACGAUGAAUAUUCUUUAAUGUUUCAUUAAAAUUUUUAAUAUUAAUUGUCAUAUGCAACUUUUUAGUAUCAGAUGAGCAUGCUUUUUCUGUUUAUAGCUCAUGAUGAAUGAACAUCAUGAAGUGGCCUCGGUUUGGGUUAUUGACUGACAUUACUGAACUACACAAAAAUACUAUUAAACAAAUACCACCGUCAUGCUUCACCACUGAAAAGGAGGAGGGAAAAACCAUGAAAGAGCUGAAUUGGCUCAGACGUGUGGUCAGAUGUCAUGUGACAGAUUUUAGGUUCUGGUAUUUUUUCUGUUCUUCUCCAUUUUUUUUUUAAAGUUCCAAGUUGAAUCACAAGCAAUAAAAACAACUGAAGCAUUAAAUUAUAUGCAGAUUACAAGAUGGCAAUGUUGAAAAUGAUGUACGUAAUAAAGGCUUUCACACUGGAGGAAUGUUUUUAAAAUGACUAUAUAAAAGGAACUGAAAAUGAUUUUGGGAACUCCUUUUAUUGGAACAAAGUCAGCUGCUCUGUUAUUAAACUUGGCACAAUUAAAGGUUAUAUUUUAGCGCUUAUGGCUAUUUACCCCCAAGAAGGAAUAACUUAGAGUGUGCAUGUGCAAUUUAUUAUAAAGAAAACUAAUUUUUUUUUUUUUUUUUACAGAUGGAGAAUAUAUCACAGUAUAACAGUAACCUAUAAACAUUACUAUAUUUAAAACAAUUACAGACUAAUCUUAAAACAAA